CGCCGGGAAGCCAAGAAAGGCAAAGCGAAGGCAUUCAUCCAUUCAUUUUCCCUCUUUCUUCCUCCUCCGCCCCUCCCUCCCCAUUCCUCCUCCGAAUCGCUGCUUAAUUUUCACCUCGGCCCGGUUCCUGCCUUCCUGGAGAGAAAGGUGCCGCAAUGGGGGGAAGCGGAACGAUGAUCUCGGUUUACCCGGACGACCUCACCUUCCUGUUCGAGCUGGACAAGCCGUGCUAUUGCAAUCUUAAGGUGGUGAACAACAGCGAGUACCAUGUCGCGUUCAAGGUCAAGACGACAUCUCCGAGGAAGUAUUUCGUCAGGCCGAACGCGAGCGUCGUCCAGCCGUGGGAUUCUUGCACUAUAACAAUUACCCUACAGGCACAAAAGGAGUACCCACCAGAUAUGCAGUCCAAGGAUAAGUUCUUGAUUCAGAGCACCAAGGUGGCUGCCAGCACCGACAUGGACGAGAUCCCCCCUGAUACAUUCAACAAGGAUGGUGAUAAGCUGAUCGAGGAAAUGAAGCUUAAGGUUGUUUACACGUUGCCUAGUGGAAGCUCAGAAGACUCUGGUGUUACAUCUUCAGGAAACAGGAGCUUCAGGCAGGGCAACGAUGAUCUCUCGAUGCUGAAGAAUGCAAGCCUUGAUGAGAUCCAGGCAAUACAACGUCUGAAGGAAGAAAGGGAUAACAAUCUUCAGCAAAAUCAGCAAAUGCAACGCGAACUGGACGUGCUGAGGAGGCGUAGAAGCCGCAAAGCCGACGCUGGUUUCUCCAUAACCUUCGCCGUUUUCGCUGGGAUCAUAGGUCUCCUUGUUGGGCUCUUGAUGAGCCUCAUCUUCUCUUCGCCACCAGAAGCGGCCUAGAUGCGAGGAUUGAAGCCUAGAGUAACAGUAUUCAGCUCAGUUUCACAAUGCCUUGGGGAGGAACAUGGAAAUGAUACUACUCUAGUUUCAGCUAUGAUUUUUUGUUCUUUGCACUGUAGGUAACAUGCCUUACCACAAUGGGUUUGCAAGUUUUAGCCUGUGUUUGUUUCGUCUCCCAUUUGUAUUUAUUUUCCACUAUUAUGUAACUUUUUGUAUAAUUAGUUUGGCAUAUAUCAGGAACAAAAAUGUAUGCUUUCACCAUUUAGAAGUGUAAAGGCGGAAGAUAACCGAAUAUCUGCUCUCUUGUGACUC